UUUCGGAAACAUCUGGCAGGUGGAUCAAAUGAAGAUUUUGGCUGUCCUCGUAUUUCUUGUCUCCCUGACUUGUUCUUCAGCCAGUGAUGUUAUUGCUGUAAAGCACCAAGGAAAUACCGACAUCAGCACCCACCAGGCGGUGAAGGUCAACCAGCAAGAUCAAACGGCCAAUAUCCACAACUAUAAUGGGUGGAACGGAUGGGAUGCCAUCUGGGAUUACCAAAAGGGCCUUUUUGCUGCAAGGCUGUUUCGGAAGAGGGUCUGUGUUGUAGCAGCAAUGGAUUUUGAGCUAUUCCCAAGCCUGGAGACUCUCCACAGUUUCAAAGGGCAGAAGCUGUCCAAGAGCACCCUUCCGGCGAGCGACUUAACAUUCGUGGUUGGCAAGAGCCGUGUCCAGAACACUGUUCAGUUUGGAAGCCCCAUUGAGCAGCUCUGCAGUGGGAUUCCUGUGUACUACGCCUCCAAGGAACAAGGAACCAACCUCCCCUUGCAGAGUCGAGGGUGUGCGAAUGUCGGGAUCCUACGUGGCUUAUUCAACAUCUAUCUCUGCGGCAACAUUCCAAGUUGCUAAAAUGCUGGCCAAGAGUCCACAGAGCGAUUCUUUGCCUUCUUUGUUCUCCUCACAACAACCUUCUCGCUGUCCAUGUUUUCCUCUCCAGCCACUGCUCAGUUUUCCAAGUCCAAUCCAGCUAUCAGCACUUGAAGAAUAAUAAAAAAUGUU